AUGCGUUUAGCGAUAGCACGUUCCACGAAAUGCAACGGCGUGAUGCAGCUGCACAGGUUUUGUGUGCACCUCGCUGUGCACACGAUCAGUUCCGGUUCGUGUGAAGGGUGCGUAUCGGGCAAAGAGAGUGAACGAUACGUUGAUCAGGCAAAAUGUGGAGUGAUAAAUACAAAUGGCAGUAACCGCAGCACUAUCUCGUGCACGCAGUGCCCCUGCUCAUCUUCAUCCAGAAUACAGGUCAUCUUCAUCCAGAACACGGGUCCAUUUCACCCAAUUCUAUUUUUUGAUCUGAUCGUACCAAAGCGUGCAAAAACGCUCAUCAAUCAUUUUAUAUUCCUCAUUUGGGAAGUGCUUGAAUUUCUACAAAUUAAAAAUAAAUUUUUACAAAAAUACACAAAUUACUUUAAAAGUAUAAAAAUGAUCAGCGCAAUCACAUCCAUGUUGGCCAUACACAAUCUAUCAGCAGCACUUUUGAUAUACAUAGCUGCAUACAGGUGCAGCUACCGUGCCUACAGCUACGUUUCGGAUGACGAGGCUACGUACUCACUGACCCCCGCACACACCGAGUACGUCGACACGAUGUACUCCGAUCCCCGUGACUACGGCCUGAGGGAGGCAGAGCCAUCAACCAGGAAGGUUUUGCGUGUUGAUCGAUCGCAGCCUUCUGAUUAUGAAUCGGUUGCACUGGAGGAGAUACCGCAGCUGGAACAGCCAAAAACGGUAAAACUGCAGGCAAGGGAUAACUCGGAGACGUUCAGCAAUCGUUAUGACCUGUUCUACACGCAGGUUGCGCGCGAAAGAACCAGCACAACGCCCAAGUACAGGAUGGAUAGACAUGAGAUCGGAAGCAUGCUGAGCGAAUUGAAGGACAAAAUUCAGAAACGAGUUGAUAAGGGCUUGGAGAAGGAGUACAGCUCGAAGCUGUGGAACGUGUACGAAGCACUUUCGGACAUUGUUGACCAGUUGGAUGACUCGGUGGGAACCUACACGUGGAAGAAGCUGCGGGUGUCCAAGCUGCUGUCUCUCAUAAAGGAGCUUGUAGAUAACGCAACCGUACUCGUAAAGAUGGUGGAGAAGGAUAGAAUGUACGAUUUGGACGAGCUCGAAACUUUUGAUCAGGGGUGCGAUUCGCUCAUCGAGGCUGCAGAGGAGGCAAAGUCUGAGAUUGAGAGGAUGUUCUAAAUAAAAGGUAUUGCUUCGUAAGAACAUCAAUUGCUAUCGCAAAGGGGUAAUCUCAUCUUGCAGGGCAGACCUUUUUAUGGUUCUGUGACAGGCCUUAAAAAUGGAAAGCUGUUUAAAUUCCUAAUGCGGAAGUGCAAAGGCAACGACAAUACCUGGCAUACCCCGUAAUUACCAUGAUAUUUGCAGAUUGGAGCGCAUACUCAAUCAUUGAGCUCAUGCCUGUCCUUUCCGAUGCGGAGUUACUUCGUGCCAUAUUUUUGAUCAGUGAUGUGCUCAGAAAACGGAGAUUUGAUCAUCCCAGAUUGAAACAUUUUACAAAUGCAGAUGAACAACGGAAUGUGAUGCAGAACAGCAUUUGAAUGGACAUGCCCAUCGCUUAGCCGUACACUGCCCACGAAUUGCACUGAGCUGCAAAUGGCAAGAAAGGUGUUCAGGAAUGUGUGGAAGGCUCAGCUUGUGUGCUGGGGCCACUGCUGCACACCUUUGUGUUGCCAUGCAGGCCUGCGCACGAAUUUCUCC